GAACCGACAGGGACUAUGGCAUCAAACAGCCUGUUCAGCUCAGUGACACCAUGUCAGCAAAACUUCUUUUGGGAUCCCAGCACCAGCCGGAGGUUCAGCCCCCCCUCCAGCAGCCUGCAGCCCGGCAAGAUGAGCGAGGUCAGCCCGGUGGUGGUCGCCCAGCAGCAGCAGCAGCAGCAGCAGCAGCAGGACGCGGCGGCCGCCGUGCCCCGGCUGCGCCCCCACGAUAACCGCACCAUGGUGGAGAUCAUCGCUGACCACCCCGCCGAGCUGGUCCGCACCGACAGCCCCAACUUCCUCUGCUCCGUCCUGCCCUCGCACUGGCGCUGCAACAAGACCCUCCCGGUGGCGUUCAAGGUGGUGGCCUUAGGAGAAGUGCCCGAUGGGACAGUGGUCACUGUCAUGGCUGGAAACGACGAGAAUUACUCUGCAGAGCUGCGAAACGCGUCUGCCGUGAUGAAGAACCAGGUGGCCAGAUUUAAUGACUUACGAUUUGUGGGCAGAAGUGGAAGAGGGAAGAGCUUUACUUUGACAAUAACUGUCCUGACAAAUCCCCCCCAAGUCGCUACAUACCACAGAGCUAUAAAGGUUACAGUGGAUGGGCCAAGAGAGCCUAGAAGGCACAGACAGAAGCUUGAUGACUCUAAACCUAGUUUGUUCUCUGAACGCCUCAGUGAUUUAGGGCGCAUUCCUCAUCCCAGUAUGAGAGUAGGGGUCCCGACCCAGAGCCCACGGCCCUCUCUGAACUCUGCACCAAGUCCUUUUAAUCCACAAGGACAGAGUCAGAUUACAGACCCCAGGCAGGCGCAGUCAUCCCCGCCAUGGUCCUAUGACCAGUCUUACCCAUCCUACUUGAGCCAGAUGACUUCACCGUCCAUUCACUCCACAACUCCCCUGUCCUCCACUCGAGGCACAGGACUUCCAGCCAUUACCGAUGUGCCCAGACGCCUCUCAGAUUCAGAUCCUUGCACACCUGAUGCUCCCCCUGCUGCCACUUCACCACCAACCUCUGAAGAACCUGGACCUUUCACAGCUCCAGCAUCACCCUGCUCUUCCUCUGACACUGGUACUGCAUCAUUUUCACCACCGUUACCUGCCUGUGUCGCAGCCUUAUGUCCCAAACCACCUCCUAUUUCACCAUCAACAUCCACUUCUGCUGCCACUGUUCUCCCUGGACUUCCUUCUCUUCCUGCACCACCUGCCUCUGCUCCAUCCCUGCACCCUGGAAUUUAUUUGCCAAUAGUCCCACCCAGCGGUGCCACCCAUCUCAUCAACUGGCUGCCCUUCCUCGCUUCGGCAACACUUGCCACCAUCCAAGGGAAGGAGGAAGACCAGCCACCCGUAAGAACAGGCUCCCUGGAAGGCAUGAAGCCCUGCAGCAGCCCACCCCCACAGCCCUCCCAUGAUGAGAAUCCCCAGGCAGCACCUAUGGGAAACAGUGCUCCGGGGGCUGCUUCCCCACCACCAGCUGCCCAUGCCAUGCCCCCGAGCUCCGAGCAGGCGUCGGCAAACGUGAGCGACAUCCUGGCCGAGCUGCGGACGAUGAACAGCCACCUCUCCACCAUUGCCCGAGCCCUGACCCAGCUGGCAUCGUCCCUGGCACCGCAGCAGGAUGCUCGUGACACCCCCCCUCCUUAG